AUGUUCUUCAAGGCUCUGGACCUGACCACUGCACUCCGGCCCUCACUGUUGCCCGAUGAGAUCCUUCUCUUUGUCCAGGAUGCGGUGGGGUUAUAUGAAGGCAAAUUUAAAAUACCAGACUACCAAAAUGGCCAUGCCUACCUCACCUCCCAUCGAGUGUGUUAUGUUGCAGCAGAGGAACCACGAAAGUUCUCGGUAGGCAUCGAUCUCAAGGAAAUUGAUCGCGCCGAAUACCAGUCAAAGGCAGGUUUUUUGAAGUCCUCUCCAAAGGUUACUCUGUACCCGAAACCACAGAAAAACAAGACCGACAAGUCCCGAAGCGCAACAGCCAGUCCUGGCAUAUCCCAGUCACCCCGCCUUGGGAACUCAUUAUCUCCUCUGCCACGAACGAGUACACCACAAAAGUCCCCCUCGCCUAAGCCGGCCAGUGCCACAUGGAUUUGUCCGAUAUGCUCGUUCUCCAACCCCGUCCCAUCCAAUUUCGACCCGGCCACGGCCACUGCGGCGACGCAUUUGCCACCCUGUCUCGCAUGUGGCAUCAAGCCACCAUUUACAACCGUGUUGAAGGCUUCAAUCAGUGCUGCGACCAGUCGAGACUCACCUCUACCCACCGGCGCAUUGCGUGAAGACAAUCCAGUACAAUUCAAUGGCCAGGCUCAGACCCUCCAGCCGGGUGGAUCAGUUUCCUGCCCACGGUGUACGUUCGUCAAUCACCCGUCCCUUGUGGAGUGUGAGAUGUGCGGAGCCCCGUUACUUUCAGGCUCUUCGAACGCCGGAAUCCGUGCGGACUCCCCUGCACCGUUCUUCGAACAGUCGCGCAUUACGAAUACGGAAGUGAGCGAAAGCAUUAAGCUCUCAUUCCGCGCAGGCGGCGAGAAAGUCUUUCAUGAAAGACUCAAAGGGGCGUUGAUUCAAAGAAAAUGGUUACUUCAGGAUGCGCCUCCAGUGCCCCCGCCGUCGCAGGCCACUUCCUCGCCGAGUUUGCAGAUCCCAACUGCCCUGGAAAGCCCCCCGCCGGCCCCACGUCCAUCAGGCGUUGGCAUUGCUGGCUUGGAACGACGAGGGUUUGAAACUCGGAAGAAUAAUGAGCUGGUUAUUGGCAACUCCUUUGAGGACCUCGAGGCUCUCAUGGCGUCAGCCAAGCAGAUUGUAGCUCUGGCCGAAACUCUGGCACGUGAGUCGGGGAUGGCCACAAACGGGCACUCUACAGAAGCGAACGCGGUGCUAUCAGAGUCGGCGGCAGCCUUGGGGAUGGUGACUACCAAGGACAUGCUCACCUCGGGAUCAGAGAAUCUCUACCUCUCCGAACUAUCACGUAACCUGGCCGAAUACCUAACGGAUGAUAGCCAGGGCAUCUUACAUCGGGAAGGGGGCAUUAUGAGUCUCAUAGAUCUCUGGGCGGUGUUCAAUCGGUCCCGUAAUGGGGUCGAGCUCGUCAGCCCAUCGGAUUUCCAAAAGGCCGCCGAGCUCUGGGAGAAACUCAAGCUGCCUGUCCGGCUGCGACGCUUCAAAAGUGGGCUGCUGGUCGUGCAGCGAUAUGACUGGAGCGACGAAAGAACCCUUGGACAGCUUCAAGAUUGGAUGGAAGAGCUCCGGCGGGUUCCACCCGAAGAUCCUCUUCCUUGGGACUGGAGUCUGUUCGGUCGGGCCGUCACGGCACAGGAAGCAGCCCAGCGAUUCAAGUGGAGCGUCGGGGUGGCCGCAGAAGAGCUGGAGAUGGCCGAGGACCGGGGGAUCGUUUGUCGGGAAGCAGGGAUUGAGGGGCUCCGUUUCUGGCGCAACUACAUCAGCGACAGCGUCGAAAUGCCUCUUGGGUGGGGGGGGGGAGGAGAGGGAGAAAGUUGGGCGGUGUAA